UCCCUAAAGCUUAGUUUACAAACAUACAUGUAUGUAAAUUUCACCUUUCUUCAUUUAAUUUGAAAUAUUAAUUUGAUCCUCGUUCAAAGAUGAAUAAAUAAAUUAUGAAGACAAAUCACAACUUCUGGUCAUAAAGUGAGAGCACACAGAAGAAGCUUGAUUAAUGAAAUUGGAAAAUGGAGUUGGUGCUGGAGAACAUUGAAGAGCUAAUUUCUUGUCAUUCGUUUGUUUGAAGAGAUGUAGGUAUACUUAGUUCAAGAAAAUUGAGAAGAAAGUAUGGAGCCUGCAUCCUCCAAAUGUGUAGAAAAAGCUGUUGAUUUUGUGUUGUACCUGACUAUUCGGCAUGUGGGUUACAUCUUCUAUUACAAGGAAAAUGUUAGUGAACUAAACAGUCUAGUUGAGAAGCUAAUUCUUGAAAGAGAGAGCCUGGAACAUCGAGUAGAUAAAGCUGAGGAUAAUCUAGGAAUAACCGAAAGUAAUGUUGCAACUUGGCUUCAGAAAGUGGAUAAAACUAGAACUGAAACGGAGAAGUUUCAAGAUGAUAAAGGCCAUGCGAAGACAAGGUUUUCCAGUGGUUUAUUUCAUUACUUGAGGAACAGACAUAGACUAGGGAGAAAAGCAAAGAAGAUGGCAGUGGAUGUCAAGUUAUUAAUAGACGAGAAGUUUGAUGGAGUUUCCUAUCAGCAAAAGCCAACAUCUAUGCAUGUUGCUUUGUUUAAUGAUGGCUAUGUAGAAUUUGCUUCUAGAAAAGAUACAAUUAAAAGCAUAAUGGAAAAACUAGAAGAUUCUACAGUGAGAAUGAUUGGAGUGCAUGGGCCAGGUGGUGUGGGUAAGAGCACUUUAAUCAAAGAAAUUGUUAAGAAAGCUCAAGUCAAGAAGUUGUUCAGUAUGGUAGUUAUAGUAGAAAUAACUAACAAUCCCAACCUGCGAAAAAUCCAGGAAGAAAUUGCGUACGUGUUAGGAUUGAAUUUGGAAGGGGAAGGUGAGACUGUGAGAGCAGAUCGUCUAAGAAGGAGGUUAAAGAAAGAGAGGAAGAACACCCUUGUCGUCCUGGAUGACCUUUGGGACAGAAUAGACUUGAAUAAGAUAGGGAUUCCAUUUGACGAUGAUUCAAGCCGUCUGGCAAAAGGAAAAUCACCUGGUGAUUAUAAUAGGGAUGAUGAUUCAAGCCGUCUGAAAAUUCAAGACAUGAAAGGCUCUAACUUCACAAUGGUGAAAAAAGGAAAAUCUCCUGGUGAUUAUAAUGGGUGCAAAAUUUUGCUAACUUCGAGAGAUAAAAAAGUAUUGUCUGAUAAAAUGGACGUCGAGUCAGUUUUCUAUGUGGGGGAAUUAAACGGUGCAGAAUCUCUAAUGUUGUUUAAGGAGGAGGCUGGAAUACAUGAUGAAAUGUUCAAUUUUAAACAGGAUAUUGUUAAGUAUUGUGCAGGGAUACCCAUGGCAAUUGUUACUGUUGGAAGGGCAUUAAGAAAAAAGAGUGAGUCAAUGUGGGAAGCCACACUUGAAAAACUUAAAAAAGAGGAACUGAGUGGAGUGCAGAAAUCUAUGGAGAUUUAUGUGAAGAUGAGUUAUGAUCAUCUAGAAAGUGAGGAGCUCCGGUCCAUUUUCUUACUUUGUGCUCAAAUGGGUCAUCAACAAUUAAUUAUGGACUUGGUGAAGUAUUGCUUUGGAUUGGGUAUACUUGAAGGGGUCUAUACGCUAAGAGAAGCCCGUGAUAGAGUAUAUACAUCAAUUCAAAAGCUAAAAGACUCGAGUUUGAUGUCGGAUGGUAGUUCCAGUGAUCAUUUCAAUAUGCAUGAUAUGGCUCAAGAUGCCGCUUUGUCUAUAGCACACAAGGAGAAAAAUGUAUUUGCUUUGAGAAAUGGCAAAUUAGAUGACUGGCCGGACAAAGAUAUACUUGGGAGGUGCACUGUUAUCUCUAUACGCAACUGUGAAAUCAUUGACGAGCUUCCUAAAUUCAUACAUUGUCCUCAACUUAAAUUCUUCCAAAUCGACAACGAUGAUCCUUCUUUGAAAAUACCUGAGAAUUUUUUGAAGGAAUGGAAAAACUCAGAGUUAACUGAUUACAAAAUUGUGAUUGGAGACUUCAAGAUGCUUUCAGUUGGAGAUUUCAGGAUGCCAAAUAAGUACAAAACAUUAAGAUCUUUGGCAUUGCAGCUAAUAGACGGCACUGACAUUCACUCUCAGAAAGGGAUAAAGUUGUUGUUUAAAGGAGUUGAAAAUUUGUUGUUGGGAGAGCUAAAUGGUGUUCAAAAUGUUUUUUAUGAGUUGAAUUUGGAUGGAUUUCCAGAUCUUAAAAAUUUAUCCAUCAUAAAUAACAAUGGCAUUGAAUAUAUCGUUAACUCGAUUGAACUGCUCAAUCCUCAGAAUGUUUUUCUCAAUUUGGAAUCUCUAUGCCUCUACAAACUGAGGAAGAUAAAGAUGCUGUGUUAUACUCCAGUUACAGAUGCCUCAUUUGCCAAAUUAAAAACCAUCAAGGUCAAGAUGUGUACCCAGAUGAAGACUCUCUUCUCCUUUUACAUGGUUAAAUUUCUUGCUAGUCUAGAAACAAUUGAUGUUUCUGAAUGUGAUUCUUUGAAGGAGAUUGUUGCUAAGGAAGGAAAAGAAGAUUUUAAUAAGGUUGAGUUUCAUAAGCUACGCUCUUUGACACUAUAA